UGUUGUUGUGUGGCACAGCCAGCCAGCAUCACGGCAACAACAGACAUCUUUUUUUUUCUUCCUUCUCUUUGCAAAUCCCGGAGUGCUAUCAUCCACACCACCACCGUGCGCUUCACGCGGGCGUGGACGCGUCCUGGGUAGCGCAGGAGUUUCCUCUGACGCACAUCAGUGCUCGGCUGGAGGGCUGACGGCAGGGUUGAUGCUGCUGAGGAGCAGCUGAGCGUCUGACUGAAGGCUUUGCGGCCGGGAGGGCUUUUCUGCGGGGCCGCAGGGAGAGACGAACCUCUGCCCACCAGCGCGUCCGUCCGUCCGUCUGUCCGUCCGUCCGCCCGCCGCCCCGUGAUUGUUAAUGGGCUGCGCGUCCUCCGUGAUUUUCUGCAGUCGCUCUGAGUCAUUUGUGGUAGAAGAUGGCGGACAGGGCUGAAAUGUUUUCCCUAUCCACUUUCCAUUCCCUCUCUCCUCCCGGGUGCAGGCCAGCCCACGAUAUCAGCCUGGAGGAGUUUGAUGAUGAAGAUCUCUCUGAAAUCACAGACGACUGCGGGAUUGGACUCAACUAUGACUCUGAUCCGUAUGAAAAGGAUUCCCUCAUCCUGGAGAAGAAUGACAUGCACCACCCAGUCUGCUCCUUCCAGGAUGACUUCCAAGAGUUUGAGAUGAUUGAUGAUGAAGACGACGAUGACGAGGAGGAAGACGAUGAAGAGGUCGACCCCGAUGCGCCCCCGUCCCCCUCCGCCUCCCCUCCUCUAUCUCCAACUCUUGGCACUCUGAAGAGCAGACCCACCACGCUGAACCUAACCACUGCUGUGUCGCAGGACUCGCUAAACAACAACAGCAGUCUGUCCCCGAAGAAAGGAAGCUGGCAAGACUCUUUACGCAACCCAGCCUCACAAGGUCGUCUGUCUCCAACCCACACAUGUCUGGAGGAUGGCAGUCACGUCACAGGCCAGUGCCCUGCCUCUCCCGUUUCCCAAGCCCCGGGGUCCCAGACCAAAGGUACUCCCCCUAAACAGGCAGGGGAGCGCGGGAAUCCCCAGUCUCCUCAUAGGCCCCUCCUCUGCGACAUGGAGGGCAACAGGCGAGAAAGGCUCGAAUACGGCUCCUUUGGUCAUCACAAUUCCCGCCCACCAACUGCUGAUCUCACUGAGCCGAAGACAGAUCCUUUAAUUCAGACACCAAGAGUACCCUCCGUAGACGAGCACUCGCAGUGUUCAGACACAGAAGUGGACCAUGACCUAAACAGCGACCACAACCUCAAACACUCAAGUCGGCGUGCGACAGACACCUACACAAUCACCAGCGAGUCGGGGAUGGAGGGGAUGGAGGCGGAGCAGGAUCUAGACCCGGACGGAACCAGUCGCUGCCUGUCAUCCACCGCGCCCAUGGGCGCUAACGACGGUGCAGAUACACCCUUGUCUGAUGAAGAGCUGGAGAAGGAUUUUGAAGUGGAAUUCAUGUAUAAGGGGACCUACGAUAUCGAGUGUAAGGAGCAUCAGUCCGCGUAUGUGGAGUUCCCCUCCAUCGAAGCCUCCGAGCCUCGAUCCUUCUCCAGUUACCAGUCAUCUAGUCGCUCAGAAGCCUUCGACCAGUCGAGCAGUUCAGAUACUCCAGCAGCUUCGACUAUGGAGAGAGCGGCGCACGAUUCCACCUCUCCAUCCUCAGACCCAGGGAUAGCAGAUAUGAACCAGCGGGGCUAUGUGACCUCGGACCAGGACAAAGACCUCAGUUCUCCAGGCUCCGACUCUGAUGUUGAAGUGGAGCUGGAGGCAGCGUUCGCCUGUGGGGGUGCUGUAGUUUCUAACAUGAUCUCCUCUAUCUCAGAGACAGAGUUGGACCUGACCAGUGAUGAGAGCAGCAGCGGACGCUCAUCUCACCUCACCAACUCCAUUGAGGAGGCCAGCUCACCCACGUCGGACCAGGAACUGGACCCAGACACGGAGUUAGAGCAGGACAGUGGCAUUGUUGGACUGAAAACAUCCUUGCUUCUGGGUCAGCCCGACCCAAUCAAAGAAGGCUCUUCUCUACCUUCUCCUUCCCCUCUUCCCUCGCCCACUAUUGCUACACCCUCUCCUAUUGACUCGCCUAUCUUGCCUCCCGAGUCCUACGAAGACGGUCACGCUGUCAUAGAAUUGCACAUUUUAAACGAUGAGCUGUCCUUUGAGCACCAGGCUGACCCAGAUGAGACUCUGCCUCCUACCCAAUGCUGCGAUGACAGUCUAUCUAGACCCAUGCUGCUAGAAAUAGAACCAGACCACAGUCUAGAGAGUUUCAAGCGCUCCUUCUACCUGCCGGUGGGGUCCAGGCUCAUGCCGAAUGCAGAUGACUACGAUGGAACAAGUGAGGGAGACUCUGAAUCUGAGAGUGAAGAUGACCUGAGUGAGAACUCAGACUCUCCCUGGCUUCUUAGCAACUUAGUCAACAGAAUGAUCUCAGAGGGAUCGUAUCCAAUCAGCUGCCCUGAAGAGUGUUUUAAGAGGAAGGUGUCUGUUUCAGAUACCAUCUCUCCAUCUUCAGACAUAGGGGAAAGAGAUGACGAGGACGAAGAGACUAAGGCAGAAGAGGGGAAUUCCCAGGAGAAAGAAGGUGAAGCGUGCAGGAUAGAUAGAAUGGAUCCAGGAUCCAGGAGUAGCAAUGAGGAGUCUAUGAGAUCUCACCUCUACAUUAGCAAUCCUACCGGUGACAUCAUUGCCCCGCUGAUUUUAGAGCGCUGCUCAAACGGUGAGAGGGGAACCACGCAUUUCAACUCCCUGUGUAGCACUAAAGACCUGGACAAGAACGCUGGGGGACAGGAGGAGGAUGAAGAGCCCAAUAAUGACUUGAUGAUGCUGAAGGGAAGACGGGAUUUGGACUCACCCAGCCUCAGCGAGAGUGUGGUCAGCGACAAAGACGAAGGACGAGAAACGGAGCCCAGGUCAUCGAGUCGUUCGUCGGCCUCCAUCGAGCGCAUCACAGAGGUCAAAAAUAGCCUGACACUCGACAUACCGACUUCUCAGACCAACCGCUGCUUCAGUCUCACUUACUCCACGGACAAUGAUGAAGAGGAGGAUGACGGUGACCCCUAUCCUUUCUUAGGCAGCAUGAGGAAGCAGUCUUUUACCGGCAGCGGCCUAGAGCUUGACAGUUCACCACCGAUCGAUUCCAGUGUGCGGGAGCAUUCCUUAGCUGACCACGACCUCCCACUGUGCGAGAAAGACCUGGCUCUAAGGCAGCCCAAUGAAGCGGACGGACUGGCAUAUGACUCCAUGAAGUACACCUUAGUGGUGGAUGAGAAUACCACUCUGGAGCUCGUUAGCCUCAGAAGGUGCACCUCUGUUCUGAGUGACGACAGUGAGCUUUCCACUAUAUGUGAUGAGGAGCCUUUGAGGACAGGGGAGGUGGGCUAUAGUCGCGACGACGACGAGGUACGGCCAGAACUCCUCAGCUCCUCUGAAGACUCAUCUCCUGAGGCCGACAUGCCGUUUUCCAAGAAGUUCCUCAAUGUGUUUGUCAACGGCACGUCCCGCUCCUCCAGCACAGAAUCCUUUGGGCUGUUCUCCUGUACCAUCAAUGGAGAGGAACGGGACCAGACACACAGAGCCGUCUACAGGUUUAUCCCCAGACAUGCUGAUGAGCUGGAGCUGGACGUGGACGAUCCUUUAUAUGUGGAGGAGGAAGAGGACGACUACUGGUACCGAGGCUACAACAUGCGGACAGGGGAGAGGGGCAUCUUCCCCGCCUUUUAUGCCCACGAAGUCAUAGGCCAGUCCAAAGAACUGCUUAGCUUGAAAAGGAAUCCAGCAUGGAUUGAGACGUUCACCGUUCAGUUUUUGGGGUCUGUUGAGGUGCCUUACCACCAAGGCAAUGGCAUCCUCUGCGCCGCCAUGCAGAAGAUUGCAAUAUCGAGGAAACGAACGGUGCAUGUACGACCCCCCUCUCUGUGUGAAUUGGAGAUCAGCUUGCAAGGAAUUAAAUUAAUCAUGAGCCUGGAGGAUGAAUAUGGAACCCUUGAUGAGUACGACAGAUGUAGUCACUUCUUCCAGAUGAAGAACAUCUCGUUCUGCGGAUGCCAUCCGAGGAACAACUGUUACUUUGGCUUCAUCACUAAGCAUCCAAUGCUCAACAGAUUUGCUUGCCAUGUAUUUGUAUCCCAGGAGUCCAUGCGGCCUGUAGCUGAGUGUGUCGGACGAGCCUUCCAAGAGUACUACCAAGAACACCUGGAGUACGCCUGCCCUACCGAGGACAUCUACCUGGAGUAAGACGAGUUGCCAUGACAGCUUCCUUCCUCUACAGCUUGUGUACGUUCAUCCAAGAGCGCUGUCAGUGGAUUUCUUUUUCCGCUUCAUUGUAAAAUACUCUUCUGCAUCCCACUAAAGUUGGGAUCAUCAUUUCUACAGAAUGCUAGUCAUCUGACAGAUCUCAUUCACCUCUCUAUUUAUUUAUUGAUUGAUUGAUUGAUUUCCUGACUGACUGAUUGCCUGUUCCUUUUGUCUUUUUUCUAUCAUAUAAAACCAAGACGCUGAGCACCUGUUUAUUUAAGAGUUUCUCUUUUGAAAUGAAGACAACAUACCUACGAUGGCUGUAUCACUUUUUAAUGCAUGGCUAGUAGGUUACCUGCACACAGACACACUAAGAAGUACACAUAUCCAGGUGAAUGGCAAGUAGCUCAACAAUCAGUAAAGGGAAUGGUGUAGAUUCAAGAGGUUGCUUUUCAAUUAAAUGUAAAUAAUUUUUUUCCAAUACUGACAUACAGCUAAUGUGCUUUCUACUGAUGGUGGCAUUGGAAUUUAGGUAGAGAGAGUGAGCAGUCCUUGAGUGGAGCGUACCCCUGUGUCCCCUACAAAACAUUGUGUGUGUGUUGUAAAUACAUGUAUAGAAAGUAGACACGCGGGCGCCUCAGUCAGACCGGUGAAGAAGCAGCUGAGGUGGGUUUUGUUCAUAAUUUUGACAUGGGGGGAGAAUUGUUUUCUGGAAAAGUAAGAAAUGUUUAUUUGGAUUUGACUCUGAAUGUCAUUAGCUUCACAGACACUGUACUCAACGUGAAUUAGAUUGACUUAACUGUCAGCAAAACUGUAAUGAUGUGAUGCCAUCUUUUUCCCCUCUGUCCCGGUCCUGAAAGUCGCACUUGCUUGUUGACCUUUUACCGUGAGCUUUCAUGGCAAAUCACUCAGCGGUUAAACUUGCACAUCGUAGAUCACCGUACCCGUCGGUGAAACCGAUGAAACCUUGAGGUGAGAAAAAGCUAAGGCCCUCUGACAAGCCAUAUUCCCACAACUUUGACUGUUUAACUGAUUUAUGGUGAUGUGCUAGUCUCUGUUUUCUAUUGACCCGGACCUUUCAGUGAGGGGGUGGGGGGGGGGCGACUAGAUCGACCAGCGGCUGCAUGUCAGUGACUUUGCACAGCUCCUGCUAACUCUUGGCCCUGGUACCACAGAGGAACCGGCUCCUUCACAAAGCAUUAAAAAGGGAGGUUUUAUAGCAGUGUAAAUGAUGUGGCUUGAUCUCAUUUUUAAGUACGGAUGAUAAGAAAUAACUACCUGUCUCCUCCUUUGUUUAUUGCUUGUGGGUUGGACAAAAGUUUAAAAAAAAAAAAAAUCACUCACGUUACACAUCAACCUGUGCUGGUGUUGUAGUUUAUGAUAUUUAUAAAGAGAAGUUGGUAUAUCUGGAAAAAAAACGAGACAGGCGCCACAUUCAACUGUAACCUGUAAUUUCAGGCUUUCAGGUUUAUUUCAGACACCAUUUUGCAUCUUGUCCUGCUGCUUUAGGACCCAGUACACCAAAGCAAAGAGAUCUGCAGGACUUCAGUGGAAAGACUCCACUGGAACUCAAUACGGCUGGAGAGUUGGUAUUAUUCACACGUGUAUCGCUGUCAGUUAGAUCAUGUAUAUACAAUAGCAAACCUGAAAUAGUGCUGUGUCUUUUAUGUUGAGUAUGUUAAAGAAAUAUGUACAUUCAUUAAAAAGACAUUUAAAAAAAGAGAGAAAAAACAAGACUGCAACUUGACAAAACUCCCCGAAAGAAUAGGAAACAACCUAACUAUAUGUGAUCUGCAAUAAUUUUAUUUCAGUGUCUGAUGUUUUGGCACCAGGUGUUAUCUCAGCCUGUGAUGCAGGUGGCAUUCUGGUCCACGCCAGCUCCACGACACUCCACAGACAGCUUCAGCUGCACAUUUAGGGCACAUUUGUGAGAUGUGAUUUCACCAGUGUGGGACACGCCCUCUAAUGAGUAAACUGCUGUUAGACCUGAAUAGUGACCGAGCCAUCCGCCACUGGGAAACUAUCAAUGUGUCUUGCCCGGUAUAAUAAUCGCCUCCGAGCUCCAAACCGUGUGACCCAUCCCUGAUCUGUAUCACCUUGCUUCUAUGUUUUUCUAUCUUGUUACAACCAAGUUAAAAUCUGUCUUUUCCACAGCUACACAAAUACAACCUCUGAGGAUGAUCUAGUCCCACAUAACCGCUGAGAAAUACAUUUAAACCAACUUUUGAUUUCAUGACUUCAACAAGAUUCUUCACUGUAUACCUAGAGCAAAACAGUAUGUGGCAGAACCAACAUAUCCUCUCUCGUAUCUUUAAAAAGAAGGACUUGUAAACUUUAAGGGAAAACAAAGAAAAUUACAAAAGAAAAAAAAAACACUCUGCCUUGUCAUGGGUUUGGUCUUACAAAUAAAAUAUAUGCUUGAUG